AUGUACAUGCAGCUACUUCCCUUCCACAUUCGCGCAAUCACUAAUUCUGCCGCCAGGCUUUUACACCGCGAAGGCGGUCCUAUCUUCUUGACCUACGCAGUAAUGAACUACAUGGUGAUAAAACACUAUCUGCCUCGUGAAGUUCGGGACAUGAUUUGGGCCCAGGUCUGGGACGAGCAUACCGUUGAGAAAACCCUCGUUUACAUGCGCAAUACCAUCAACAGCACCUGCCGUCUGUGCCUCAACCCUAAGGACCUGACCUGUCCAUAUCAUCUAUGUCUCCCAUUCUUUGUGCGCCCGGAGCUGGUUGGACCAGAGAUGGCGACAGAACUAGUGGAGUCAUGGUACAACAUUGCUGCGACCAAGCACCACGAGCUACUCUACGCGUGGACCGCCAAGGGUGUACAGGAGAUCAUUUGCAAGGACGCUUUCAACAUUGGACGCGAACCAGCCCAGUUCAUAAGAAAGCUGAAAAUCAGCAUGAGUGUGGACGAUUUCGUUCCACCCCAGGUGCCAUUGGAACCGGGAAAAGAGGGUUGGGGCGAUAUCAGGAGUGCAGAACAUCGCCGAGAACUCAUCACCGAGCCUCUUUUGAAGAUCCAAAACAAAUCGGGAUUCCGGUUCAUCAUUGAAGUCCGCCAGAAGCACAUCAGGCUUAACCUCUGGAAAGAGGUUUUUGACGCGUUGAGAGAGCCGGUGAGGGUGAUGAAGGACGAAGGGGCGAUCGUGAAAGCCACCUUUGAUUACAAAGGGAGGGAUGAUUAUGAGAACGAAAUCACAGUAACGUACGAUAUCGUGGAUGCUAUGGUGCAACCCGAGGAGGAAUGGAAAACGAACGCAGUAGCCUUCUUUGAUGCGGUUUGUUUUACUUUGCUGUCGCACUUUGCAUCCAGCUGA